AUGCCUCACGCCUCGAAGAUCGCGCCUCUGACCCUGCAGAAAUGCAGCAUCUUGGAUUUUCUGUUCCCCGCCGAUCGACCUGUGUCGGAUAAGCCUCUCUGGAUCGAUGCUGCGGACACAUCGCAUUGGAACUCUCCAAAGAGUGCCCUGGCUUUGGCCAAGCGGUUUGGUUAUGGUCUCGAGCAGUUAGGCGUUCGGUUCGAAGAUAGAUGCUUGCUCUUCACGCCCAAUCAUAUCAUGGUCCCAGUAUCGUAUUUCGGAGUGGUGGGCAUUGGUGCUGCAUUCUCCGGAGCAAACCCAACGUUCACUGCCAAAGUCUUGCAGCCCAAGGUUCUGCUUGUCCAUCCCACCUUGAUAUCGACCGCGAAGGCUGCCGCCGCCAAAGCAGCUGUUCCGGGCAUGAGACUGUAUGUCUUCUCGGACCGUGAGACAGGAACCAUCGAUGGUCUUCCGGAUUGGAGGGUCAUUCUCGGGACUCCCGAGCAGGGAGAGCGGUGGCAAUGGAGGAAACUCCCGGGUGAAGAGGCAGUCCAGACCACUGCGGCAAUCAACUUCUCGUCCGGCACCACCGGCCUGCCCAAGGGCGUCUGCGUAUCUCAUUUCAACGUCGUCUCCAAUGUCAAGCAGAUCAAUUCUCUCUACGACUUCGAACCCUCGGAGAAAUGGGCGGGAUUCCUACCUCUCUACCACGCCUAUGGACAGUGUUAUGGCAUGCUCAUGGCGACAAUCAACCACAUCCCCAUGCUCAUCAUCAGCAAAUUCGAGUUUGUCGAGUACCUUCGCAUCAUCCAGGACCACAAGAUCACCCGCCUCCAGACCGUUCCCCCGAUCCUAAUCAUGUUAGACAAGAGACCAGAGACGGCAAACUACGACCUGAGCAGUGUCAAGGAGAUCCUGUGCGGUGCCGCGCCUGUUUCACGGGAGCUGGAAGCCAAUGUGUCAAAGAAGUUCAAUGUUCGGAUCACGCAGGGAUGGGGCAUGACUGAGACAACGUGUGCCGUGUCUGGCGUCCCGUACUACGAGAAGCACCGGACUGGCUCUGUGGGAGUUGUUAUGCCCAAUACCGAGGUCAAGAUCAUCACAGACGAUGGCAGAGAGGCAAAUAUAGGGGAGGCGGGUGAGCUCUACGUUCGGGGCCCACAGGUCUGUCUCGGAUACUGGAGAAACCCACAGGCGACGGUCGACACUUUUGACCCUGUGACUGGAUGGUUGAAGAGCGGUGAUAUUCUCGUGAUGAGCGAUGACGGAUGGAUGUCGAUCGUGGAUCGGAAGAAGGAAUUGAUCAAGGUGCAGGCCCUUCAAGUGUCGCCGGCAGAAAUCGAGGCCGCCUUGAUAGAGCAUCCCGACAUUGCCGAUGCGGGUGUGGUCGGCGUCACCUUUGACGACGGCGAAUGGCCCCGGGCUUACGUGGCACUGAAGGAAGAAUCUCGCGGGAAAGUCACCGAGAAGGAGGUCCAGGAGUGGCUGAACCCCCGUGUGUCGAAGCACAAGCGUCUUGUCGGAGGCGUGGCGUUCAUCCCUGAGGUCCCUCGUCUGCCGAGCGGCAAGAUUCAGCGGAAAGUCAUGAAGGAAUGGGCGAAGCGGGACUCGAUGACGCUGUCCACGUCGAGACCGAAGCUUUGA